AUGACGAGGGAACGUGCUAUAGAUCUUACAGGGGCAGACGGGCUGGACAAUGAGAAGCGAGUAAGGCUCUUAGGGGUCAUUGACCGACUUCGAGAACUAGGCAUCAGUGAGAAUGUCUCUCUUCCCCAGCUCGUUGUAAAUGGCGAUCAAUCGAGCGGCAAGUCGUCCCUUCUAGAAGGUUUGACGGGUCUUUCGUUUCCUGUGGCCAGUGACCUCUGUACAAGAUUCGCCACUCAAAUCGUUUAUCGUCGAUCCCCAGAAGGGGAGGGUCAGGCCAGGAUUACAAUCAUCCCAGGACCAACUUCCCGACUCGAUGAAACCUUGAAUCAAAAUCUUCUCGCCUUCGAAAAAACCCUCGCCGCUGCAGACUUCGGAUGCCAAGAGUUCGAAGACAUAUUCGAUGAGGCUGCUUGCUGCAUGGGCAUACCGGGACCCAAGGCGAAGAAUUUGGAAGAUGUCGAAAAAAGAUUCUCAGAUGAUAUACUCAAGAUUGAGCUCUCAGGUCCAGAUCAUCGGAAUCUCAGUGUUGUGGAUGUUCCGGGUCUCUUCCACAAUCCGACAAAGUUUCAAACCGAAGAGGAACGUGCCAUUAUCCGGAAAUUAAUCGAGGAUUAUAUGACUGACAAGCGUACCAUCAUCCUCGCAGUUAUGGAUGCACGUAAUAAUCUUGCCAACCAGGAAGUGUUUUCAAUGGCACGUGCUGCUGACCCAGCAGGUAAACGUACUGUUGGAAUCGUCACCAAAUGCGAUGCUCUGCAGGCAGGAGAUGAAGCUGGUGUGUUGCGCAUCGCUAAAAAUGAGGUCGAGCGUCUCACUCACGGAUGGUUUGCUGUACGAAACCGCUCCACAAAGGAAAUUCAAGAGGGUGUAACUAUCAAGGGCCGACAUCGAAAGGAAAAAGAGUCUUUCUCAACGGUGCAUCCUUGGACAGAACUCAAGAAAGAUCGAGUUGGUAUCAACGCCUUGAAGUCCUUUCUGGGCCAUCUUCUAUACGACCACAUUCGCUCUGAAUUUCCUGCUGUCGUGGCAGAUAUCGAAAAGCUUUCUUUGGAGACUCAGAAAGAGCUGGAGAUCCUCGGACCUUCUCGCCAAACCCCUGCAGAACAGAGAAGGUUCUUGACACGCCUGGCAUCAAGUUAUCAAAAUGAAGUUGAUAGAGCAUUGAACGGGAAUUAUAGUGCCGACUUGGAAGCACAAAGCCCGCUCAAGCUUCGUAUGCACCUGCGGCAGCAUGCAGAUGAUUUUGCUAGAUCAAUGGCUACAGGGGAUCAUGCCAAAGUUUUUCGUACAAUUCAAAAUGAAAGCGACCCGGAAUUCAGCAGACUAGCAGGUGACUUGGAAAAUAUAUACGACUGGAUACGACGUUACUACCUCGAGUCGCGCGGCUCUGAACUACCUGGCACUGUCAACCCUGUUGUGCUCCAGAAUAUGUUUCGCCAACAAUCCAGUCCGUGGGCGAAUAUUGCGAGUAUGUAUCUCGAAGAAACUGCCUCUGCAGUGCACUCCUUUAACCAAUAG